CAGAGAGAGAGAGAGAGAGAGAGAGAGAGAGAGAGAGAGAGAGAGAGAGAGAGAGAGAUGAUCCUAGUGGAGGACUGUGACACCGAAACGAUGUCGUUCAGCGAUGAGAGCUACGAUUCUUCUUCUCCGGUUUCCACUCGUCAAGACGGGUCGGAUCAUACAGGGUCGCCCGGUUCCGACGGAUCCCCGAAAUGGAGCCUAGAGCCGAGAGAAGACACCCGUACUUGGAGACACGUACCGGGGACUGAGGAAGGAAAUGAACUCCGUCUUCAUGGAAUCGGAAAAGGAUCUCGACGAAUUUGUUGGGGUUACGACGUCAACACCUCUUCCGACCGUUGCAUCGCUGCGAUCGAUUCCUAUUAUCACCAGGUUCUUAGUUAUGGGAGGGAGAAGAAGGUGAUUCUGGAAGCUCCACUUCAUGAUCAAGAUUGUGUUUUGGGUAACAUUUUGGCUGCUCAUUUCGUUACCUCUUCUGAUCCUGCCAGAGCUAAUGCCUAUGCCCGAGCUGCAGCUUCCUGUCUCGAACAAGCAACACCAUAUGAGAAAGCUGUUUUCGAGGCUGUCAAUUACUUGAUCUCUGAGAAUAGGGAUGACCAUGUGGCUCUUGAGUUGCACUCCCAGGUCUUGAAGAGGUUCCCGAAAGAUCUGGUUUCUUAUAAGAGAGUAGAGUGUUUGUGUUUCGAUUUGGGUCGACCCGAUCUCUCUUUGGCUCUUAUCCAGCAGGUCCUACCCGAGAAUCAAGAAGCUGACUACAUAUACGGUAUGCUUGCAUUCCCAUUGUUAGAGCUUGGUCGGACGGCUGAAGCUGAGUUAGCUGCCAGGAAAGGCUAUGCCAUUAACAAAGAGGACCCUUGGACACAUCACUCUUUAUGUCAUGUUCUUCAGUAUGAAUGUCGUUUCGAUGAAGCAGUAGAAUUCAUGGAAGAAUGCUCUGCUUCAUGGGCUUCUUGUUCAUCCUUAAGGUACUCACAUAACUGGUGGCACGUUGCUGUUUGUUAUCUGGAAGGAGGGUCCCCUGCAAGUAAAGUGCAUCAGAUUUAUGAUCAUAUCUGGAAAGAAUUAGAGAAACAUGAUGCUGUUGCUCCAGACGUUUAUUUGGAGGCUCUUGGCUUGUUGUUGCGGUUGGACACACGAGAUCAACUUGAUGGCUUUGAAGACAGAGUGAAGAUUGUUGCUGACUAUAUGACCGAUCAGGCGAAUUGGUACGAUGGAUGGCACCUCGAUAUAUUGACAAUAUGGGCGUUGACUAAGGUUGGAAACGCUUCGAAAGCACGUGAAUUACUCGAGGGCCUGAAGUUACUAACAUCCAAGAUGAACAAGAAGAAACAACAGCUGAUGGAGAAAGCGAUCCGGCUCGGGAAUGCUGUGUAUGAAUACGCGAGUGGUAACUACAUACAGGCUCUAGAGCUUCUCGGUCCAGAUUUUGACGCUGUCCACUACAAGGUCAUCGGGGCAUCGGGUUUACAGAUGGAAGUCUUCAACGAGAUUUCGUACAAGAUGCUUCUACUUACCGGCCAAUCCUCCAUUGCAAUACAAGUGCUUGAGAAGAGGAUAAAGGAGAGGAAAGGUGCUCCUUUCCUAUGGCGUUUGCUGGAGAAGAGUUACGCCAUGGAAGGAAGAGGAGAAGCUGCAAGUGCUGCGGGGGAGAGAGCCAAGUCGUUGGAGGCUUCUUAUUUCAAGUUUGCUUGAAAACUUUCUUCUGUUUCUUUCUGUCCUUCUUCUCUCUGGCUUUUAUGGUCGGUCAAUUUUUAAAGUUGACCUUUUUAAGACUCUCCAAUGUGUUCUCGUGUCCUGUGUGUUAAAAGAAACAGUUUCUGAGCUUAUAAAAAUAAGGUCUUUUAUGUAAAAAUCUAUUAAUUAUUAUGGAUUAUAAAUCUCUGUCUAUAAAUAGAGAGUUCUUAAAACUA